CCCUUCCCCGUUCAGCGACCAAAUGCCCUCUUUCGCUCUGUUUCGGUUGCCUCUCCACGCGGUCCAGCUCCUGUCAUUGUGCUGCGCAAGGCGUACCGCCUCCUAGCCUCUGUUCUCUCUUCAUAUCAGCUUUGCUUCCUCAUUUCUACUCAGUUUUCCUCUGUAAGCUCGAUUCCUGUUCUGAGACAUAUCACGGUGACACAACAAGCCACUUGCUAAUUGCCGUGGGCACCCUCGAGUCGACUCGGACCUAGUACACCAGUACGUACCGGUACUGAAAUAUUCUGUUCCAGUGCUUAAACCAGAACGGUCAUUAGAACGGAAUUCAAAACCUUGCUUUUGACUCCUAGGGUUUUAGAAAGAACACAGUUUCUUUUCCAAUCGGUAAGCAUGAGGAAGCUAAAGUUUCAUGAGAAGAAGCUGCUGAAGAAGGUUAAUUUCUUGGACUGGAAAAAGGAACAUGGCCAUCGGGAAGCUUUUGUUAUGCAACGCUAUCACGUCACCCAGCGUGAUGAUUACAAGAAGUAUGCGAGUUUGUGCCGCAUGGUGCAGAAGCUAGUGAACACUUUGACUAGGAUGGACCAGAAAGACCCUUUUCGGAUUCAGAUGACUGAUAUGUUGCUCGAAAAGCUGUACAACAUUGGUGUAAUACCAUCCAAGCACAACAUUGAUGCUCUAAAAGUGUGUGAACGCAUAACAGCAUCAUCCUUCUGUAGACGUAGGCUCUCAACUGUUUUAGUGCGGCUGAAGUUUUGUGAGCACAUGAAAGAAGCUGUCACAUAUAUUGAGCAGGGACACAUACGAAUUGGUCCAGACACGGUUACUGACCCAGCAUUUCUUGUAACGAGAAAUCUAGAAGACUUCAUUACGUGGGUAGAUUCAUCCAAGAUAAAGAGAAAGGUGUUGGAGUACAAUGAUCAGUUGGAUGACUAUGACGCAAUGCUAUGAGGAAUGCAGCACUUGAUAUUGUAUUUCUGUGUUCUUCCUUCCACAUUUUUCUAGCCAUGUUUCGUAUGGUCUGAGAAAAUAAUUUGUUCUUGAAGUUCCAAAAUACAAGUCUGUCUUACAUCUUACCCUUCUCCACCACCUAGAUGAUGAGAAUCGAAGCUACUUGGCACCAAUUAGAAAUUAUGAAGCAUGGGAUAGCAAUUUUCUUGUCGUGGAUUUCAUCCAUAGUGCUACUUGCACAUCUUGCAUUUCGAGUUUAGGAUGUUAUGUAUUUUGGUAUGCUGGACUUUGUAAGGGACCAAUUACCUUGGUGUGCUCAAGUUCAUGUAUUUUGGAUGUGAGACAUUUUUUGAAAUGUAAUGAAUCACUGUCAGUCA